AUGUCGAAAACAGAAAAAGUCUUAGCUGCUAAUCUUAAAAACCUCACAUACAAUAUUCUGAAAAACUUCAACGAUGAUGCGGUAAAAAAUAAGACUUUUCCCGAGUUGGCCAACUGCACAGAAUGUGAUAAGAAGAUUUUUGCCCGACCUAAUAAAGCAUUCACAACGCUAUUAUGUGGCCACGUAUACCAUAGAAUCUGUAUUAAGAAGAAACUUUUACUUGGCAAGCAACUAAUGUGUCCAACCUCCAAGUGUGAAAAAAGCGUUAAAAUUCUUGAGGAGUUCACUACAGCUGAAACGGGUCUUAGAUGUGAUUCAGAAUCUAGUACUUCUUCAUUAGUUGAGAAAAUGGGGAAGGAUAAGAGCAUCGUCAUGGUAGAAGGAUCCCAAAAAAGACCCAUCGAAGUUGAUACUGAAGAGACAAAUACAAUGCAAGAUAAAUCACCUAUUAAGAAAGCAAAAAAGGAAGUUAAAAAUGAGGAUUCCCAGAUGUUGAAACGACUUAUCAAAGA